AUGGGUUUAGUGAGGAAAAACCAAAACCCGCCACCAUCAGCCUCCCCGAAUGUCUCCCUUCCCGGGCCCCACGUCCUCCAGCCGAUCCUCCACUACGACCCCAAUAACAGUGUGUGCUCCAUCUGCCAGCUCCAGUCCAGCGGGGUUAUGUUGACGUGCAAGACGUGCAACCUCAGCCUCCUCCACCAGCCGUGCGCCGAGUUCCAUCAAGCCUGUGCCCGCCUCCCGAGAUCCCUCCCCCACCCUUCCCACGCUGGCAGCUGCGCCCUCCCACUCUCCCUGGCCCAUUGCGCCUACCCUGGCGGCAAGUUCAUAUGUGACGGCUGCCGUCAGCCUGGGGAGCGCUGGGGCUACCACUGUGCCAAGUGCAACUACGACCUGCACGAGCGGUGUGCGGUCAGGCCACAGAGGAUCAGGCACCGGGCCCACGCGUCCUGCGAGCUGGCCCUCAUUUUCAAGGGCCCAUUUCCGAAUUCACUCGGGUUCGUAUGCAAUGUGUGUCGUCAGCCAGGGCAGAACGAUCAGUGGCGCUACCGCUGUCACAAGCCCCAAGCCGCGAAGGAACCAGUGAGAUUUGUCGGUCGAAUCAAUAGACCGACCGAUGGCAGCAAGUUCGUCACAAAUUGCCUUGAAACGCUGUCCAUAUUCAGAAAAAGAAAGAUCGCCACGCUUGACCGAGAGAAGAUCAUCCUUCAGGCUGAGCUCUCGAGCCUUCGAGGCAUGGCUAUAGGCGCGAGUGAGAGAGGUCCAGACAUCGCAGGACGAAGUGCAGCCAAUAACAACGGCCAUGGACUCCUCCGUAAGAGUGGAAACAAGGAAUGGCCGGAUCAGUUGAUCCCGGGAAUACCAAGUGGCGAACUCGGGAUUGGUACUUUUUGUACCUGCCGGUGUAGUGAUCUCGCGCGAUGGGCAUGGGGAUGA